GCGUUUCCGCAAUUCACUAGGAAUAGGAAAGUCAGAGAAAGUCGGAAGUGUUAAAGUCGGACAGAAAAAAAAUAAAUAUGAACGGUAUUUGGUUCAAGUCAGCCAUCUGUUGUCGUUCAAAAUGUGGAAAAUAAAUCAACUUCCAGCUUGAAUUCGUGACUGGUUUGGCUAGAAGCCGCAAGGCUCCCAUCCUCGCAGAUAUCGUGUUAAUCCACAACCGGUUUCCUUAAAGGAAAAAUCCAAAUCGACGACCUAUAGAUUGGGUGAAAAAGGCAGCGCCCUCCGCAUCUAACAUAAGAAGGAUGGAUGGUACCUCUGUUUUCCUUUGCAUGUUUCGCAAAUGUUUCUCUGCGAAGAAAGCAGUUUCCUAGAGCAAAAAAUUCUUUCAUGUACGCCUCAAUAUUUGGAACACGCCGUGCUAUUCUUCUGGUUCUUUUCAUCGCCCCCCAAUUGAUAGAAACUCGAUCAGUUGUUAGAAAAAGAAGAUGGUUCACAACUUGUCUAUCAUCGCAGAUAUACGUAGAAAGUAACUUGUUUUAUCACGCAAUAGUUACUGUUAACUUUCCCCUGUUUUGCUGGUCCGACAUAAUUACCCGCAAGAUGAUCCUGCUCACCUGCUGUCAUCCCUGAAUUACGGUUGUGUAUAUAAAGGCUAAGAAUUGGAAUUAGGAAUCAUCAGUUGCACAACUGCCUGUCUCCUCUAAACAGUCAUCAGCAUGAAGUUCCUCAUUUUCGUCACCCUACUCGUCCUCGCUGCCGCUGAUACAGAUAUUGAGACUGAAUAUGAGGCCGUAGAAUCUCAAGACACAAGACAAGUCGUCUACCCACCUCAACCAUACAGCUAUUCGUACAAUGUGCAAGACGAGGAAUCGAACAAUGACUUUAUUCACUCGGAAAACACGGACGGCAAGGUAACCACUGGUUCUUACCGAGUUUCCCUUCCAGACGGCCGGACACAGCUCGUUACCUACAGAGCGGACGAGAACGGUUAUACCGCUAAUGUCGAAUACGAAGGAGAAGCUCAUCACCCUGAUGGAUACGUUGCUCCGCCUUCACCAUCGUUCCAGACGCCAGUUUCUGUUCCCUAUUCGGUUGCGGCUUCAUCGAACAGCAAGGUCCGCGAAGCCCCAGUUUUCAAAGAAACAGCGGUUUCCGCUGACAAGGAGCCUGUCGCACCCAAUACCAAGACAAGUGAUGAACCGGCCUAUAAGGAAACAACUGCUUCGUCAACCAAGACUCGUGAUGCUCCAUCUUACAAAGAGUCUACUUCGCCAUCUGUAAAGGAAUCUGCUGCACCGGCUUACAGCCCACCUUCACCGCCAUCUUAUCAAACUGCUGCUCCAGUAGCCUAUCAAGCCACUGCUCCACCAUCGUACAACCCUCCUUCACCACCAGCGUAUAGUCCUCCAUCUCCACCAGCAUACAGCCUUCCUGCCCCAGUCGCAUACAAUCCUCCUUCUCCCCCAGCUUACAGCUCUCCAUCUCCCCUCUCAUACCAGACUCCUGCUCCGUCAGCAUACCAGUCAUCUGCCUACAAGACAGUAGCCUAUAGAUCUCCUUCUCCUUCGGCCUAUAGAGGUCCUUCUGCCCCAGGAUACAGGCCUUCAGCUUAUGGCUUUACUCCAAUUGGACCUACUCCUCUCGCCUACAGAGGCUAAAGAGCCAGCAUCCCCUGGUGCACCUGCCCUGCUGGUCACGCUGUGUGCUUCCACUUAUAAUUUCAGUGUCAACGUAAUCCAUAAUAACGUUGAAAUCAAUACACGUAAAAUAGAUAUA